AUGGCAAGUUUUUGUCGCAAACCAAAACUCUUAUCAUAUCUACAAGGUAUUUUAGAAAUAGUUAAUAUUACUAGUUAUACUCAGAGACAUGAACGUAAUUUGGAAAAAAUUCGCGCACUUUUAGUAAAUCCGGCUGAUAGAAUUUGUUAUGAAAAAAACAUUUGGAACCUUGGAGUGAUUGAUAAUAUUGAUUUUAAGGAAGCUACCUUCGGUUAUGGAAAUAUUUUUGAUGUAACUAGAGGUAAUUCACACGCAACUUUACGUAUGUUAUUUCAAUUUCAGUUGUCUGAUAAAUUACCUAAUAUUAUUGAUGAAACAAAAGAAAAUCAACAAAUUUUUGGACCAAAUUUUUUUUCAUUGCAAACAUUAAAUGUUUUUAAUUCAGUUUUUAAAAAAUUACUUAAAUAUGAUAAAAAUACCUUAAUGCAUUGUUCAGAUUUUGAUGAAAAUGAUAUACGAAAUCAAAUUAUGUUACAUUUUGAAGUUGGUUGUAAUUUUCCACCUCCCAAUGUAAUUAUUCUUAAUGCAAGAGAUCCACCAUCAACUGAUUCUGCUGUACAUGAAUGCUUAAAAAUGUAUUUAGAUGAAAUUAAUAUAGAAGAUAAAUAUAUUCAUAUUGCUGCAGAUGAAGCAAUUUAUAGAAGAGAUAUUAGUUAUUGCAAAAAAAAUGAAAAAGUAAAAAUGAUCCUGGAUCAGUGGCAUACCAAUAAGGAUAUGAUGUCUGCAUUAAUUACAAUUUUUUUAGGAUACGGUAUAUUUAAUAUGGCAGGAAUAUUAGGUGUACGAUUUUUGGAUAAAUUAGAAAAAGGUGUUGAUUUUAGAGCAACUUCAAAGUUAUUGGCGAGCACAUUGGUUUGGAAUCCGAUGGGUAUAUUUAAACUUCAACAUGAAAGUCUAAAAGCCUUUUCCCCUUUGUUUCCUGUUGCUGGAAAGUCAAAUUACGCAAGAUUAGUAUCACAUCAUCUUUAUCAUAUAGAAAAUGACCCACAGAUUCGUGCAAUACUUUGUAUGGCGCCAUCUGUUAACUUGACAAGUUACGGACACUUUCUUGCAUAUGAUGAAGCAUUAGAGUUGUUUGGUGUCAAGUUUGUAAAGCAAAAUGUGACAAGAAUUCCUACAGAUAAAGAAGAAUUAAAAUUAAAAAUCAAAGCUACACAAUUGGAAAAAGAACGAACAGAUAUGUUAAUUUGUGAUUACAUUAAUGACUCUGUACAAAGCUCCCAACCACGUCAUAUUCAAUCUCGAAAAGUAAAAAUUUGGGAACUUGCACAUUUAUUAGUUGAUGCUUUCGAAUCUGCAAAUCCUUUUAAGCAUCCAAUAUUUGAAUUCUGUAAUAAUUUAAAUAGUCAAGGAAUUGAUAAAUUGUUUUCAGCGUAUGAUAUUGGAAUUAAAAGGUUGCAAAGAAUAGUUAACCAAAAAAUUCUUUUAACUGAAAGUUAUACAACUGUUGGAAGGAGAGAAAGGAAUAUAACGCGUGUUACAGUUGCUGACAUUAAUAAAAUGAGAAAGAUGAAAGAAGGUGAAAGAAGAGAAGAUAGAGAAAUAGGAAGAUCAAGAGGUAAGCUAAGGGGUAGGCCAAGGGGUAGGCCAAGAGGUAGACCAAGAAGUAGACCAAGAGGUAGGGGAAGACAAAGGGAUAUUAAUAAAGGGGACGAGGAAAAUGCACAAUCACAAUAA